AUGAGGUUGGCGGGAGGCGCGCAAUGUGAGAGCGGCGGCGGGCAAAGGGAAGGCGGAGAUCGGCCUCUGGAAGAGGAGGGGGAAACCAGGCGGCGGAUCGCGGGGACCCCGGGUAGCCACACUUCUCAGUUCUUUUCUUCUUUCCCCCCGCCCCCCGCGUUCGCUAUGGCCAAAGUGCAGGUGCUGAACGUGGUGGUGCUGGACAACCCAUCUCCCUUCAACAACCCCUUCCAGUUCGAGAUCACCUUCGAGUGCAUCGAGGACCUGCCGGACGAUCUGGAGUGGAAAAUCAUAUACGUGGGCUCUGCGGAGAGCGAGGAGCACGACCAGGUGCUGGACUCGGUGUUGGUGGGACCCGUCCCGGCCGGGCGUCAUAUGUUUGUGUUUCAGGCUGAUGCUCCAAAUGCAAGUCUUAUCCCAGAUGCUGAUGCAGUUGGUGUGACUGUGGUGCUCAUCACAUGCACGUAUAGAGAUCAAGAGUUUAUUCGUGUUGGGUAUUAUGUAAAUAAUGAAUACACUGAUCCUGAAUUAAAGGAGAACCCACCAAUGAAACCAGACUAUGCCAAACUCCAGCGAAAUAUUUUGGCUUCAAACCCAAGAGUUACGAGAUUCCACAUCAACUGGGAAGGUGUCAGUGAGAAAAUGGAAGAUAUUGAAAAUGUUGACCCAAGUUCGAAUGCAAUGCUUCCACCCAGCUGUACACCCCUGAAGGGACUUGGGGCAGGAAGUGGACUAAGUAUAGUUCCAGAGAACUCCAUGGACUGCAUGUAAAACGAUCUAGUGAAUACACAUUGAAGUGGACAAGAUUAUUUUUUUACCCAGGUUUGUUAGCUUUUGGAGUUAAUUGAAAAGAGGGUUUGUCAGACUUCAGUGUCCCAAAAGAAGACGUUAAAUCUACAGGAGAGGGCGUGACGAAGGUAGGGGCCAAAGUUUACUAAUUCCCAUUCUGGUUCCAUAGCAAUUGCAGUAAUUGUAACUGCCAAAGGUGAUCUAUAGUAAGCUGGCUUCUGCCCAGUGGUAAUGGUUAUUGGUAAAAUGCAGGUGAUGUCUGUUGUAAAUUAGCCAGAAAUGUAUAACUACAGAACUUAGUUUUGUUUUUGCUGUGUAGGUCUGAAAAGGUUGGGGAUGGGGGGAUGGGAAAAGUCUAUAGUUUGUUAAAUAUGUUCAAUGCCUUUUCUGAAAUUGUCCACAAGCUGGCCAUUUCCAGAGCUUCAGUUAACAAUUGACUAGAUGUGCUAUUGCCACUUGUUUCACCAAUGACUUCUGGAACUUUAUAAGGAAGUGGAGUUACUGGUAUCCAGCAAAGCAUCUCUACCUAAUCCAAGCUGGGAGUUGAAAUUAACUGUAUGAAUGUCAUUGUCCAGCAUAAAUGUUUUCAGAAUCUCAACACGAAAACUAUUUUGUAACUUUUAAUAUUGUACUUUGUAAAUCGUGAUCCAAACCUGCCUGUGGCUGUAGGACAGGAUAAUGAAAUGUUUAAAUUCAAAAAAAAAUAUAAGCUUUAUAAACAUUGGUUUUGAAAACACCAUUUUUUACAAAUGUUAGUGAUGUAAAAAUGUAUUGUAUUGCUUUGCCUGAAUAAAAGCACUUGUA